CCCUAAAGUGCGAGGUAUGAUUUUGUGUGGACUGGAAGAGUCCUACUCGAAUUCCUUUGUCUCUCUUCUACGGCGGGGAGGCAUUCUUGUCGGCGCGGGCGAUCGAUCGAUCUAUUCUUCUUCUUUCCUCGAUCGGGCGAUCGAUCGCUCGGGCUAUGGGGGCAUUGCCGAUCGCGGAGUUUGUGAGCAGCGCCAGCAGCGCCAGCGAUUCCGAUAGGUCAGCAGCCAGCGACGAGGAUUGUCUCGUGGACGACGGCGACGGCGAUCUGGUAGCCGAUUCGCGGCUGGUGAGCUCGGUGCGCGCGCUGCUCCAGGGGCUGGGCGAGGAUCUCUCGCGCAAUGGACUGAUCAAGACGCCGUCCAGGGUCGCCAAUGCCUUCCUCUCUGCCACUAAAGGCUAUGGACUCUCGGCGGAGCAAACCAUCGGUGGAGCUCUCUUUGCAGAAGCGGGCCCUGGAAACGGCAAAGGUGGCGGCUGCGGAGGAAUGGUGGUGGUCCGAAACAUCGAGCUCUUCUCCACCUGCGAGUCCUGCCUCUUACCAUUCAAGCUCUGCUGUCACAUCGCUUACAUUCCCUCCGAGCAGCGCGUCGUCGGCCUCAGCAAGCUCCCCCGCGUCGCGGAGAUCUUCGCAGCUCGGCUCCAAAGCCCGGAUCGUCUCGCCAACGAGAUCGCAGGAGCUCUCUGGGACGGAUUUAAGCCUCUCGGGGUGGCCGUGGUUGGAGAGACUUGGCAUCUCGAGUGUCCCCGCGAGCUUCGAAGCAGCAAGGAGCCGGCUUCCUGGAUUCGACGAUCGGUCUGCGCCAGGAAAGGCAGCUUCGAGGACGACGAUCGUGGCUCGGAAGACUGGCAAGAGUUCGUUGCCAUGCUCCAGCUGAGUGGAAGCUCGCAGCUCUCGGUGACGAAGAAGCCGGCGAUCUGUCCGCUACUAGCCGGUGACGCCGCCGCUGAGAGAUCUUCGCACCCCAACUUUGAGACGAUGGUCGAGGCGGUGGUGACGCUGCUGCGAGCUCUUGGCGAAGAUCCAACGCGGGAGGAGCUCAAGCUCACGCCUUCUCGCUACGUUCGCUGGCUGCUAGCAUCAACGCACGGGAGCCGGCUCUCUAGGGACUUCAUACUCGGGAAUGGAGUAGCAGCAGUAGAACAGGAUGGCGAUCACCACGUGACGAUGGUAGCUGUGCUGGAUCUUCCAUUCUGUUCCCAAUGCGAGCACCAUCUUCUUCCAUUCUCCGGAGUGGCUCACGUCGGAGUUCUUCCAGCGAAAAACCACCCGAGCUCUCAUCCCAGAGCUAGUCGGGGCAUCCUCGAGAAGAUUGUCAAGCUGUACAGCUGCCGGCUCCAAGUCCAGGAGAGAUUGACGAGGCAAAUCGCCGACGCUGUGAUGAGCUCCACUGCUGCUAGCGGCGUCAUGGUUGUCGUCGAGGCUGGGCACGUCUGUAUGAUCUCUCGAGGCGUGAAGAAAACCGGCAGCACUACAGGAACGCUGGCGACAAUGGGCGAUUUUGCCGUCCAUGGCAAGAAGCGGGCGGAGUUCUUACAGAUGAUCGCUACUGCAAACUCUUCCAAGUAAAGAGGGAGAGACAGAGAUCUGCGAGUAAAGAGUUGAAUUUACCGAGCAAAGGAAUUUUUUUAACGAAGAACAGACUUACGUACUUCUUAGGACGUCUUUACACUUACAAAAUUACGAUGCCACUGCCGCUGGAGCUCGCCAGGAA